AUGGACAGAUAUGUGUUGGUUAUAUCCAUCUGUCAGACGGAAAACGACAGAGCAGAGGAGUACAAAUGUUUGGCUAAAGUGAAGCGGAUUUAUGACCAAAUUGUGGACUUUACUUCUCAAGAAUCAGCCAGCAAAAUAUCUGUGCUUCCAGUGUGUUCUCUCAGUGGCUGUCCUUCAGUUCAGAGAUGGUACUUUGCUGUUCAAGCUUGCCAUGGAGUGAUGCAGUUUUGUAGCUCAGACUGGGAAGAGGUUGGAGAAGUCCAUCAGAGAGGAAACAGUGAAGAGGAGAAGCCAACUACUCUGGAGCUCUGUGUUGAUUCCUUGAGUCUACACGAUAGAUCGGUUCAAAAAUGCGAUGAAGCAUCACCGACAGAGUUGCUGGAGGAGGCUGCAGAAGGAGUGCACGCACUGGCAGACAAGCUUCCACCUCCAGGUAAAGCAUUUUCUGAUGUGCUGGUGUUAGGCUCUGCUGAGCAGUGCCCUGAAUUAAAAGACCUGCUACCACUCCUGGGAGCCCUCAGACACAUGAAAUGUUGGCAUUCUGCCAGGAUCACGAUCAUCACUGAAAAUAUGACAGAGUGGCAAAAAAGUGCAUCGUACCUGGGUGCUGGUCUAGUGGAUUGUACUGAUUUAAUGAGCUGUAUCAAUUCAAGAGAACUAUGGAGAGGAGGCUUGGUGGUCAGAGAGAAAACGUAUGCGACAGAGCUUCGUUUCAAUGGGUUUUCUCUGUGCACUCCAGUAUAUAAAUCCCAUCACAAGGAAGAUCCACGCUCCGUUGCAGACCAAAAACUACACUCUGAGGUAUUUCACUAUUACGCAGCGAGUUUAGACUUGCUUCAUCUAAUUACUCUUUCAGACCUGCCCAGCUUCCAGAUGUCCAGCACUUACUUUCAACUAGUCCUGUCUGGGAAGUCAGUGAAAUCGAAACUUUUCUUGGACCAGCUCAAAUCCCUGCGUGGAAAGGUAGGAGCUUUGUUCAGCCUUUCCUGUGUCGUCACCCCGAUUGCACAGCCACCAGCAAGCCAAAUCACCUCUCAGCGCUGGAAAGAGUCUGUAGCCAGGAAACCCAAGUCUUUACCUAUACCUGAUAUUGAAGUCAAGGGAGAAACUGCGAACUACUACUUGUUGGUCCAGGGCUCUGACAAGGCUGAAGAUGGGGUCUGUUCAGUCAGACUGUUGCACUCUGACAGUCAAAUAAAUGGUGUGCCUGCCAUGGCAACAGUCUCAGGGCUGUUGGGACAAAAGCUACUGUCAUCAUCAGGAUGCACUCAAAGCAACAUCUUCUCUUUGCCUUGUCUCCAAGGAGACGCUCUGCUGAAGAGAGAGCAGAGGGUGGUCCAGGUCCAAACACGGGUACUUAGAGAAUAUUUCAGACAGAAAGAAAAAUCCUCUUCAAUACCAUUUAGUGACUUGAAGGCCAUUCUGGUCAUGGCCAGGGAGCAAUACUUAAGAAUGAUUGACUCCACACUUCCCUCUGCCAUAUCAAUGUCUGACAGCCCAGGUACCAAGGACACAGUAUUGAAAACAAUGACAGCUGCACCAUCUGUUUGGCCCGAGAGGAACGUCCUCCACAACAUUGAGAACUUGCAGAAAAGGCGACAGAGGAGAAGACUUGGCCUGUUAGGUCCUGGCUCAAGUGACAACCUGCUAGGUCCAAAAGACUGUCAGAAGAGUUCCACUUCUUUACUGGACGCCAAAGAACUUUUAAAACACUUCACACUUGAUGGCAAGCCGACCAGUGAGCUGUAUCUUCUGCCCCCUAUUAGAGGUCAUAACGUAUUCCAGUUGUCACCAGACCUAUCUCCCCGGAGACUUAGUGAGAUGUCCUUCAAAAAGGCCACAGCCUCCCAUUACCACGGCAUAGAAUUCUGUCUGGAUACCCAGCAUUCCUUGGAUCGGGACCAAGCUUUUGUACGACUCCAGUCUCGUCUCAUUCGCUACGAGACCCAAACCACCUGCUCCAAGGAACCCUGUGUCCUCCCGUUUGUGAACAGCCCUGCCCCCUCUCCCGCAGUGAUGUCAGAACCAGGAAGUGUACCUGAUGGAGAGACCCUGCAAAAUGCUGAUGUCGCCCGACUCAAACGCAGGUCUUGGGACACAGAUGUUGUUGGAGGUUACCCUUGCAAGAGGCAGGCCAAGUCAGAGAGCAGUGACUUCGUUUGUCCUCAGAGCAACAGCAGUAAUGGGACACCUGAGGCCAUCAAGUCACUACGGCAACGACACAGCACAUCCCAAUCCGUCUCUUCCAGUACCUCUUCUGCUCAUAGGAAAUCAUCUGGUUUGCUGAAUCAGUCUUCAGGCGACAAGCAUAAAGCACCGAAGCGGAAGACUGAUCACAGACAGACAGAGGAUAAAAAUGCCAAGGAGUCGCGUUCUCAAAAACACAAUAGAAUGCUGCAGGAGGUGGUCGUUAAAACACUCAAACAGCACGGGAUCAGUGCUGAGCAUAAAUGCUUUGAGGCUUCCAGCAAGAGACUGUUUGAUAUCUCCAAAUUCUUUCUCAAGGAUCUAAAGACAUCUCGUGGUCUGUAUGAUGAGAUGAAGAAGGCAGCUGGCAGUAAUGCUAAACAGGUCAUUGACUGGGUGAUGGAGAAGACCUUGAAGAAUUAA